CCGCAGUGCCCUCCCGACAUGCCUGAGGAGGCGGGCUUCCCGCCGGCCAAGAGAUUCCGGCCGGGCUCUGAACCUCCGAGUCGCGCUGGGUCCUUCCCUCCCGGGAGGCAAGUGGUGAUGCUGCUGACUGCGGGCAGCGGCGGCAGAGGUGGAGGAGGCAGGAGGCAGCAGCCGCCCCUGGCCCAGCCCUCGGCCAGUCCCUACCCUGAAGCUGUGGAGCUGCAGCGCCGGAGUCUGCCCAUCUUCCAGGCGCGGGGGCAACUGUUGGCCCAGCUCCGAAACCUGGACAACGCGGUCCUCAUUGGUGGCUAUACAGUGCGCUUUGAUGACGUCACCUCAGAAGACACCAGGAUCAAGUUUCUGACAGAUGGCAUGCUUCUGCGUGAAGCAAUUUCAGACUCUUUGCUUCGGAAGUACAGCUGCGUCAUUUUGGAUGAAGCUCACGAACGGACUAUCCACACAGAUGUGCCCUUUGGAGUGGUGAAAGCUGCACAGAAGAGGAGAAAGGAACUAGGGAGACUUCCCCUGAAAGUGAUUGUGAUGUCAGCUACGAUGGAUGUGGACCUGUUCUCUCAGUAUUUCAAUGGCGCCCCCGUCCUCUACCUAGAGGGUCGGCAGCAUCCGAUCCAAGUGUUUUACACCAAACAGCCUCAGAAUGAUUACCUGCAUGCCGCACUUGUCUCCGUCUUCCAGAUCUACCAGGAAACCCCUUCUUCACAGGACAUCCUGGUGUCCCUCACUGGGCAGGAGGAGAUCGAAGCCGCCAUGAGCAAGACGUGCCGAGACAUUGCAAAGCACCUCCCAGACGGCUGCCCUGCGAUGCUGGUCCUUCCUCUGUACGCCUCCCUGCCCUAUGCACAGCAGCUCCGAGUCUUCCAAGGGGCCCCAAAGGGCUAUCGCAAAGUGAUCAUUUCAACCAACAUCGCUGAAACCUCCAUAACCAUUACAGGAAUAAAAUAUGUAGUUGACACGGGCAUGGUUAAAGCAAAGAAGUAUAACCCUGACAGUGGUCUUGAGGUGUUAGCAGUGCAGCAGGUAUCGAAGACCCAGGCUUGGCAGCGCACAGGGAGGGCUGGCAGAGAGGAGAGUGGCAUCUGUUACCGGCUCUACACGGAGGAGGAGUUUGAGAAGUUUGAUAAGAUGACCGUGCCAGAGAUCCAGAGGUGUAACCUGGCCAGUGUGAUGCUUCAGCUUCUAGCAAUGAAAGUCCCAAAUGUGCUCACCUUUGACUUCAUGUCCAAGCCAUCUCCAGAUCACAUUCAGGCGGCCAUUGCCCAACUGGACCUGUUAGGUGCUCUUGAACAUAAGGAUGACCAGCUUACCCUGACUCCAGUUGGAAGAAAGAUGGCAGCAUUUCCUUUAGAACCCAAAUUUGCCAAAACCAUCCUCAUGUCCCCCAAAUUUCACUGUACAGAGGAGAUCCUGAACAUUGUCUCCCUGCUGUCUGUGGACAGUGUCCUCCACAACCCUCCUUCCCGGCGAGAGGAAGUGCAAGGGGUCUGCAAGAAGUUCAUAUCCAGCGAGGGGGAUCACAUGACCCUGCUCAAUAUCUAUCGGACCUUCAAAAACCUAGGCGGAAAUAAGGAUUGGUGCAAAGAGAAUUUUGUCAACAGCAAGAAUAUGAUGCUGGUAGCAGAAGUCAGAGCACAGCUGAGGGACAUCUGCUUAAAGAUGUCAAUGCCAAUCGUGUCAUCCUGAGGAGACGUGGAGAGUGUCCGCCGCUGCCUGGCUCACAGCCUCUUCAUGAGCACCGCCGAGCUUCAGCCAGACGGCACCUAUGCCACCACGGACACCCAUCAGCCGGUGGCCAUCCACCCCUCCUCUGUCCUCUUCCACUGCAAGCCUACCUGCGUCGUGUACACUGAGCUGCUCUACACCAACAAGUGCUACAUGCGGGACCUCUGUGUCAUGGAUGCAGAGUGGCUUUACCAGGCUGCCCUUGAGUACUUUAGGAGGAAGCUGAGAACCGCCAGAAACUGA